UUUCGUUCCGAAAGUGAAACCAUGAUCAGGCCAUCUAUACAAAAUCUUAAUCGUGCCACUUCCACCUUAAGCACACGGUAAUAACGUUAAAGGUUCACACUUUGAUCAUAUUUUUCUCAACGCACCAUGUCCUCACCAGCAGUUCUUGCCGCACGCACUGCCCUUGCUAGCAUAGAUCUCACUAGCUAUGACCCUGAACAAUCAAGACUGAUGGAUGAAAAAUGCAUCUUGGUCGAUGAGCAGGAUAACGCCAUCGGCGCGAUGGAUAAGAAGACUUGUCACCUCAUGGAAAAUAUCAACAAGGGUCUCCUUCACCGAGCCUUCUCUGCAUUCGUCUUCCGUCCCUCUGAUGGCAAGCUGCUCCUACAGCAGCGUGCUUCGGAGAAGAUUACCUUCCCGGACAUGUGGACGAAUACGUGCUGUUCGCACCCACUCGACGAUUUCGAGGAGGAAAAGAUCGAGGAGGGCCAGCUCGGAGUACGGAUCGCAGCUUCGAGAAAACUCGAGCAUGAGCUCGGUAUUCCGCAAAGCCAAACACCAGUCGAGGAGUUCCAGUACCUGACUAAAAUUCAUUACCUCGCACCAUCGAAUGGUAUGUGGGGCGAGCAUGAAGUCGAUUACAUCUUGUUUUUGACGGCGGAUGUUACGGUGACGCCAAAUAAGAACGAGAUCCAGGACUACAAAUAUGUGGACAAGGCUGAACUACAGGCGAUGUUCAAUGACUCAUCGAAUUCUUUCACACCUUGGUUCAAGCUGAUCGCUCGCGACUUUUUGUUUGGAUGGUGGGAUACGCUUGUUCAGCGCCAGGGCUUUGAUGGACGCGUUGUUAAGAUGGUAUGAUCAAAUUUGUAUUGUUUGCCAAGCACCAUACAUAGUCAAGAGACUAUGAAGUAGUUACUG